AUGUCGACUGCAACCACGUCUCGAAACCCUGCCUUGCUCGCCAUUCUUCUUGUUGCGCAGGGUCGCACUGGCUCCAACGCCCAGCUCGUCUUCCACUAUCCUCCCGACCCUUUAGCCGCGGCACGCACAGCUGAAGCAAUAUCUUUGGCGGAAGAUGAGGAGGGAGACAGCUCCAGCAGCGACUCUGAAGAGUCUUCCUCCGACGAUGACUUUGAGCUGUUCACAAAGCGCAUCAACGAGACCGCAGAUGCACAUCCUGACAGUCGAUCGCAGAAGUCGAACGAUGGCGACGAUGAAGAAGGCGUGCAGAUGAAGAGAGGGUCUGUAGACAGCGAGGGCUGGAAACCUCCCUGGGAGCCACUCCUCGGACUGGGCGAGGAUGGCCUGGUGAGCCUCUUGACCCCAGGACGAGCCUGGCACAAACGCAGAUUCGAGCUUAGCAUCAAUGACUUGACCUUCCUGGGCAGGCCGGUUUAUGCGCGUGAAGAGGGAUACUGGCGCAAGCCCCGUCGCAGGAAGCAGAGGUCGGUUCUGGACGAGGAAGCACAAAAUUCUUCGGACACUGCGGUAAGUGACAGCGGCAUAGACGAAGGGGACAACCGUCCGGAAAGCCCGUCCAAGGGACACAUCCGUCACGGGAAGACACAGAGUGUACCCGAGUCGACAAAAACACAGCUUACCAUGUUUCACCUGGUGUUUGUGAUGGACCCGUCUCCCUUGGAGCAUGUCUUGCGGGUCAAGGACAUGUAUGACCAUGUGGUCAAGAAACUGUCCAAGGUUCUAAAAUGGGAACAAUCCCAUCGCAACUAUGUAUGGGAGCAGGCAGAGCUGUUGCAGUCCAUCAAGUCCACACACAUCCACCAGCAAUCGUCGACUCGCACUCUAUACACCGAGAUGAUGAGAAGAUCAUCUCUGGCAGCGGCUAUUGCCAAAGUGUUUGACAACAUCUCUGCCUCCAAAAUUGCUGCAAUCACGCUUAGCUCCAAGCUGUCCGUCUCUCUUCAGAUCCCUCCUGUCACGUCGACCUCGUACUUACCUUCACUCUCUGAGCCUCCUCUGGAACCGGGGCUGUGGCUCACGACCGCCACAGACCCUGCUUCAACGGAGGCCGACAUGGACACGGCGUCAAGUUCUGGGGCAUUACAGCUGUCUAAAAACUUCACGCUUCUCCUCAAGGCUAGCCCGCAAAAGAUUAUCAAAGACAUUCAGGCCGCCGGAGGUCCAUUGGCCAUGCCAUUGACCAACUUCAUAAGUAAAGCAAAGCCGACAAAGUCCUUUUACAAGAUUUCCACUCUCUCCGGCAUCAAUCUGCCUGAUAUUCAGCACCUCGCGCGUCACCUUGUCUACUGGCGAAGGGCCAUUGCCAUUCCUCCACUGCACCAGCGAGAUACCUAUAUUGUAUCACCAAACGCGAACAUGCACAAGCUAGUAGCGGCCUCCAAGACAUACGAGGCGACAUUUCCGAUGAUGCCUUCGUUGCCAAAGAUGCUCAGUGUGUUGAGUGGAACCCCUGCACCAUAUGGCGCCCUGAUCCCCAGUAGCGACCACAAAGAAGAGUACUAUCGCGUUCUAGAAUGGUUGAUGCGCGAGGGCUGGGUUACUCAACUCCGGACGUUUGCUUUUGUGCGCAUUGAUCCGGACGUGAAGAAAGCAGUCAGAGAGCAGGAACGUGAGGAGAAGGGGUCUAGGACACCUGCGGACAAGGAGUUGCGGGAAUCUACCGAGGUAUCCAAAAGCUUUGGCAGCGGUACACCAGCCACUGUUGCCAGCAGCAUGAUAUCCACCUUCAGACAGCGACCCAGUCUGGCCCGUCGUCCGUCAAGUGAUGGGAGGAAUUCAAUUUCGACUGAUCACACCAGUACGCGUGGCCAGCAAUUCAAACACAACCCAAAACAGGCCAGCCUGGUGCUCUCUCCCCAACGUGCAUCUCCGCAAGAGUCCCGUUGGCUUGACUAUGUCGCGUCGACACUGGCAUCAUCUCUGAAUGCUUCCAGAACAGAUUUAUCGGCAUCGCCCAUGUCAGAGAAUGAGCUGGAGACAGCUAACAUCCGGCGAUAUUGGUCAGUCUUCGUCAAGUACUUCUCCGGUCAUGACGCGUUGGAAAAAAUCCCAGUACGCGAAGGCCUCAAGAGAAAGAAUGUGUGGGAUAUGCUUAUGAAAAUGGGAUUGGAUUUUAAUGGAGGAGUCGAGGAUGACAAGGGCGAGAAUAAACGGGUCCUGGUUACAGUACGACAUUGGUAG